AUGAACUCUUUGGGGCAGCAGCCCGCAAAUCCACAGUCGGCCCCACUCCAGCAUCCCAAUGCACAGGAUUUACUGGAUAUGGCGGUGUACUGUGACAACCUAAUAUACCCGCAAAACCUGCACCACCAUCACCACCCACAGAGGCCAUCAGCUCAUCCAGCAGGCUAUGGGCUGAGCGAAUAUAGCCCCCCAGCAGCGAACCCCUACCUCUGGAUCAAUGGACCUGCCAUCAACUCGUCUCCUUAUCUCUCUGGGACUAAUGGGGCUUCUUUCAUCCCCUCAGGUUAUGGGACCAGCCAGAGACAGUUCCUGGCCCCUGCAUCGGGCUUUGCAGGAGCAGAUCUCAGCUGGUUGUCUCUCUCCAGCCAGCAGGAGUUUUUUAAAAUGGUGAGGCCCCCCUACUCCUACUCGGCUCUGAUCGCUAUGGCCAUCCAAAACGCUCCGGAGAAGAAGUUGACCUUGAGUCAGAUUUACCAGUACGUGGCCGAAAACUUCCCUUUUUACAAAAAGAGCAAAGCUGGCUGGCAGAACUCCAUCCGGCACAACCUGUCCCUCAACGACUGCUUUAAGAAAGUCCCCAGGGAUGAAGACGAUCCAGGGAAAGGCAAUUACUGGACCCUAGACCCGAACUGCGAGAAAAUGUUCGACAACGGCAAUUUUCGAAGGAAGAGGAAAAGGCGCUCGGAUGCUCCUGGGUCCGGCGCCUCAGCAGUGCCUGACAAAGCGGAAGACAAGAGCGGCGGUGCCUUGAAGUCUCCAGACUCCUCCAGCCUGGUGGGCCUGGGCUCCCCUGCACCGCAGAACUGCCCCGGCUCCAGGAGCGGCCCCAAAUCCUUCCCCACGCCAGCGCUCGAACGGAGCCCGUGUUUCUCCGGCUUUGCCUCCAACAUGCAGGCCAUUGUCAGUGGGAACCAGGGCCUCAGCAGGCAGCUCUCGGGAGGGCUGGCGGGCGAGUUUGCACACGGAAGACAAGAUGUGCCUGCUCUGAGUUCCUGCUCCGCUCCCAGCAGCGGCACUGCCCAGAACUCCCAGCUGAGUCCCCCUGCCCACUCGAGAAUGAACUACUGUGCCAGCGGGCAGCAAAGUGGGCUUAGCAUCCCCCUCAUUAACAACUUCAGCGUCAAUCAUCUGAUUUAUAGCAGCAGGGACGGGACAGAAGUUUGAAUUGACUGUGAAAUAACUUCGGUGCAAAUCACAGAAGCCAUGUUCUGUGCCUAGAAGUUUGUAUAUACCAUGGUACUCCAAACAGUUUCUUGUUAGUUAUUGUGCC